AUCGUAAAGUCUAGUGAUAAAUAAACGAAAAGCGAAAAUUACAACGACAUAUGGUAUCUGAAUAUCGUGGAAAAUGGCAGACAUUGUGACGGAAUCAGUUCAAGAACAAAUUUUCUCUUUAAAAAAGAACCUCGAUCAACAAUUCAAAAUAUUUAUUUCCAUUUGGAUCAUUUUUAUGCAAUGUGGAUUCGCUCUGCUUGAAGCGGGAUCGGUGCGAAGCAAAAAUACAACGAACAUACUGUUUAAGAAUUUUUUGGACGUUUUUGUCGGUGCUUUAUCAUACUGGGUGUUUGGAUUUGCGUUUGCUUAUGGAGUGCCCGGGAAUGCAUUUAUUGGACAUAAUUACUUUUUUUCUAGAUCAGUUUCCCACAGGGAGAUUUUGGGUAAUAUGUCAUACGAGCUGGACAUAGGAGGAACAAAUUCACCCGAAGUUAUGAAAGCAAGUGAAUAUUAUUCUUCAUGGUUUUUCCAUUUUGCGUUCGCAGCAACAGCUUCAACUAUUGUAUCAGGUGCAAUGGCUGAAAGAACUCAAUUUGUAGCUUAUUUAAUCUACAGUUUUGUCAUAACAGGUUAUAUUUAUCCUGUUAUGUCGCACUGGUGCUGGUCAGAUAACGGUUUUCUUCACACUGGUGCGGGAUUAGGAGUUCGAUUCAUUGAUUUUGCAGGAAGUGGUGUUGUACACGUUACUGGUGGAACAGCUGCUUUGGUAGGAGCUAUAAUUCUGGGUCCAAGGAUAGGAAGGUUUUCUAACGAUGAUGACGAUGACCCAGAAAAAUCCAAAAAUAAAUUUGACAAUAAAUUGAGAGGGCACAGUGUUCCCCUUGCCAGCAUGGGGGGAUUCAUUCUAUUUGCUGGAUUUCUCGCAUUCAACGGUGGAUCACAGAGUACUAUUUCUAACGGCACAGACGGUGUAACGAUGUCAAUGUCAGUGGUAAACACUAUCAUAUCUGCUUCAUCUGGCGGACUUUCAGCUUUAGUUUUCAACAUAAUUUUCUCACAUUUCAAGGGACUAGAAACUUAUUGGUCACUGAUUAUCGCUAUUAACGGAGGACUUGCAGGCAUGGUAUCAGUGUGCGCUAGCAGCAACGAUGCUCACCCAUGGGCAGCUGUAGUUAUCGGAACAAUUUCUGGCGUUAUGAUGGUGGUAACGGAACAUCUGCUGAUUAAACACAGAAUUGAUGAUCCUAUUGGAGCAAUUCCGGUGCAUUUAGCUGGAGGACUCAUCGGAGUGCUGCUUGCGCCCUUUUUCGUUAUUCGGGGCUUGAAGGUUGACGGUACAUAUAUAGGGGGGAUUUUACUGGGUGGGCAUGGAAUGGCUUUUGCUUCUCUUGGCUGGAAUAUCUUUGGAACACUCUGCAUUAUAUUUUGGACAGGGAUGAAUUGCUUGGUUGUGUUUACCGCAUUAAAGAUGAUGGGAUUAUUACGAGUUACUGAAAAUGAAGAAUUGUUAGGACUAGAUAUCAAGAAACACGGAGAGCCAGCAUAUCCCGAAACGUAUCAUCUACUGACAAAUGAAAACGAUAUGUCUCCAAAACCUCCUAUACGUCCAUACAAUAGACCAGCAUCUCAAGUCUACUCUGACAAUGAAAGAACUUUUACGGUGCAUGAAACGGGAUGCAGGUCUGACGUCGAAUAACACAACAUAAAUAUGUAAAAUACAUAUUUGCAAUAACAUGAUACUAUCCGAUCAAUUGAGUGGGUAUACUUAAGGAUAUAUUGAUAA